AGAGUGCGCCCCCGAGACAUCCGGGUCCCUCCCUGCCGCCCCGCGCUGCUUGGCCCGGCCGGAGCCCGGAGGCAAGAUGGCGGUGGAGUCGCGGGUCACGCAGGAGGAGAUUAAGAAGGAGCCCGAGAAGCCCAUCGACAGGGAGAAGACGUGCCCGCUGCUGCUGCGGGUCUUCACCACCAACAACGGGCGGCACCACCGCAUGGACGAGUUCUCCCGCGGCAACGUGCCCUCCAGCGAGCUGCAGAUCUACACCUGGAUGGAUGCAACUUUAAAAGAGCUGACCAGUUUAGUGAAAGAGGUCUACCCAGAAGCACGGAAGAAGGGCACACACUUCAAUUUUGCAAUAGUUUUUACAGAACUCAAGAGACCCGGUUAUAGGGUGAAGGAGAUUGGCAGCACAAUGUCAGGCAGAAAGGGCACAGAUGAUUCCAUGACUCUGCAGUCUCAGAAGUUCCAGAUUGGAGACUACUUGGAUAUAGCAAUUACUCCUCCAAAUCGUGCACCGCCCCCAUCAGGACGCAUGAGACCAUACUAAGUGACAAAGUGUCACUUUGUUUAAAACUGAUCACGUAUAUUUCCCUUUGAUAGUACUUGCUGCUUGAAACAGGCUCUUUUUUGUUUUUAUUGCUAAGCAAGAACAUCUGAGAACACACUUAAGCCUUGGAAACAUGAGUUACUUUUAAAUCUUUAUUUUACUCUGUUUAGAAGGAAAAUAUCUUUUAGCAGCUUCAUAAUCCUUUUCAUAGUAGUUAUGGUUUGAAAAGUAGGAAUGUUCAGUGUUUCACAGUCUCUAAAAUAUGAGCAGCAUAACAUAGAAGUGUUCUUUUCUGUUAGAAACUGUCAUGUUUGGAACAAAUAUAUUGCUAUGUCAUCCAAAAUUUAGUGUCUGUUUUUAAAGAUUAAAUCAGGUCUGCGUAAUAAGUGUUUAAUUAAACUGUUAAUGUCAGGAGUUGUUUCAACAAAUUGUGGCCUCUAAAAUGGGGAGUGAAGCUUUCCCUGAAUGACCCUGUAACUGACUCCUUUGUGGGAUGAAUGGAGUUAAUGGGGUGUUUAACUCUGCAAAGUCAUAAGAAAAUUGGGCUUUAAGUCUUUUUAAGAUAAUUUCAUCUUUAGUGGUAAGUCUUUCUCAGCUGAGUGAGAUUCAGGGAAAGACAUGGUAUCUUCUAAAUUGAUGUAGCUGUUUCAGAUUGUAGAGAAACUGGCAAAACUGGUUAGCUAAUUGAUCUAAGGCAUAAAUACACCACAUUGUAAAAUGUCAGUUGGCGAGAGAUCUAAAAAUCUUAAAUUCCAAAUGCUACGGUUACGUUGAAUAUUUCUUAGGGAUGUUACUAUACUACGAAACUUCACUGUUCAAAGUAUGUCAUGCUCCUUGGUUAAUCUUUUGAAGAAGUAAACAAUCCCUUUCUUGCUCA